AUGCCACCAAAAAAAUUACCUUCUCAAAACGACGAUUUAAAUCAAGAGGCCAUUGAAUUAGAUGACGAUAAUUUACAAACUAGAACUGGUACCAAACAUCAAUCAAGACCAUCUUCUAUAGAAUCACAAGGUCGACAUAAUUCUACUGAGACUCAGCAAAAUCGAAACCAUAAUGUUUCGCAAAUUCACGAAUCACAAAAUUAUCAUGAUAAUCUUGAAUCUUUACCCUUUAAUGCCAAUAAGUACCAACAUAAAAUAUCAUCUCAAAUGAAUACAAGAUCUACUAUCUUAAGAGUUCAAUCAAAUGAACCUGGUGUUGAUCCAGAGGCUAUUGAAUUAGAUGAUGAUAGUUUACAAGCUAGAAGUGGUACCAAAUAUCAAUCAAGGCACUCUUCUAUAGAAUCACAUAGUCAAAAUAAUUAUAUAGUGAUUCAAUCAAAUCAAAAUCACAAGUCUUCUCAAAUUUGCGAAUCACAAAAUUAUCAUGGCAAUUUUGAAUUCUCGUCUUUUAUUGCCAAUAAGUAUCAACAUAAAGUACCAUCUGCACUUCAACUGAAUUCAAGAUCCAAGGUUCAAUCAAUAAAGUCACCUUUACUUGAGUGCCCUAACAUUUAUGACAAUCAUUAUUCUGAUCGGAGUUACCGUCCACAUUCUGCUGAAACGGAAUCUUCAGAUGAUGAAAUCUUUUCUUCACUUGGCCAGCAUUACGAUACGAAUUCCUUUAAAAAGUCAUCUCAUUCGGCACUUUCAUUAAAUAUGCAAAAUACAAAGCAUACCACUCCAUACCCAACUAUUCAAUCGGGCUUAGCAGCUUCGUCUACAAAAAGUGAAACACAUAGAGACGUAAUAUUGCAAGCGUUGAACUCUAUGCUUUCAUCACUAUCUGUUAUGUCAAGUCAGUUAUCUUCAUCUGACUCACCAAAUUUGGCAAAAAUACUUUCUGAGCAAUCGCGAAUUUUAUUUCUUCGAACUCGAAUGCCAACAAAAAGAACCCGUACUUUACUAAUCAAAUGCAUUAUUCCUAAUAUUGUUAACACACCUGAUUGGAAUGGAGUCUCAAGUAAAUUAAGACAAGCAUUUGAAAACUUUCAUAGUACAUAUAAUGAUGAUAUUGCCAAAUUGGCAAGAUUUAUAGCUGGAGCCGUGUGGAAAAAGCCACUUAAGAGGCACAUUGAUAUACUCAAUUAUGAUGUUUUCAAAAACCAGCAAUCAGGUGUAAAGGCAUUAAUGACCUUCAUUUCUAAAUGCCUCAAGAUACAUGUAGAAUAUUUGGUGGCAGAGUCUAGGGGAGGAAAUCCAGAUUACACUUCCAUGGUCUUAAAUCGUGUUAAGGAAUUGGAUUAUAUUACAAUUGAUAUUACUUUUCCAGCUGCAAGUCAUUUUCAGCACGCCAAUUAG